GUAAUGCAACGGCACGUCCUCAUACAUAAUACAUACAUUUACUUCGCCAUCAAUGGUAGUUCCACACGGAGAAUAUGCAGAAGAUGAGUAUGUCGAGGAGUAUGCGGAAUCUUAUGCCGAGUCCCAAGAAGUACCAGUAAACCAAUUUAAUUCCCAAUCCAUUAAUCGUAAUGGAAAUUAUGAAAUCAGUGUGAUGCACAAAAUAUUAGAAAUGGUAACAGAAAUAAAAAUUCAAGUCAACGAUAUUGCCAGAAAUAUGCAGAGUUUCAAAGUAGACAAGCAGCCCGUUGAACAAUACGACAUAUUUACCAAAUGCCUGCCCUUAAAUAGUUUUGAAGCGAUUGAGAAGUUUGAGGAAUUAAUAAGCGACCUUGAAAUCAACAAAUUAUUUGUAAGUUAAUAAUUGC